GAUUAAGUGAAAUUUUCUCGAGCUCAUAGUGAAAUAGGGAGACAUUCUUUGUUUGAUCUGACCUUGCAUCCUAGUCGCGCCGAGAUAGAAGAAGAGUGCGACUCCCAUGGACGGACGCCUUCUUUCUUAUUCGCUGGUGUUCGAGUACCAAAGCCAACAAGAUGAGUAAUGCGAGCGAAGAAAUAACAACAAAUCCGCAGCCGAUUCCCAAAAAGACGGUAAGAAGGGUUAUAACCAAAGUGAAGGCCGAAGUCUCUCAUGGACCCGCCAUCCAGAGGGACACCCCAGAUUUAUGUGUUAUUAUGAUCGAUAAUCCCGAUUUGGUGCGGUGUAAACCAGACCCUGAUGGAGGCGACGGCGUAAUGCAUCUUGUAGAGCAAAAAGUCGAGGAAGAAGUCAUCGAAAGCUCCGGCCAUUAUAACAACGGACAGGACUACAUGCUCGGUGUACCUGUGCCUACGACCACUGUUGACUGGUUGCCAAUGGACUUCAUCCUGACGGAGGUUAGGGAGGAAUACCUCAGCGGCUACGUCAAGACGGAGGAGCAAGUGGAAGCUGUCCUGCGAGCUCAUUCCAGAUACACUGAGAGCAUCUUCUCAUUUAAUUCUGAUGAUCAGUACAAGAAAAAGAGAAUAGCAAGAAGACUCUUUUACUAUAAUAGAUUGCUGAAUAUAUCAAGCCACAUCACCUCACAUGACCGAAAUAAGAUAUACGUUUGUAACUAUGGUUUGAAAUUUAGGACAAAGGAAAGAGAAGAGCCUCAUUGCCAAUACACAAAAGUGGUUAUGAAGGAAGGUCAACCUGUAAGGAGAACCAUAGACUGUCCGGCAAAGAUUAUCGUUAAUGAAUUAUCUGUAUACACCGAGUUUGCAUUGGAUGGUAUCACUAAGAAACAGAGGCAGCAACGGAUGAAAGCUUUAAAAGAAGCUUUAUCUCACAAUUGUGACGUUUUAUAUGAGAAAUACCACCACAUGAAGUUACCCCUGAAAAAUGCUCAUAGAGGUCAUGUUGUUAGUGAUUAUCACUGGAAACUGGGCAGAACACAUCCUCACUUAUUGAAAAAGAUAGAGGAGCUUAUCAUUUGUGGCUUGAGGAAUGUUAAGAUCAUACAGUCGAUAUUGAAAAAAUAUGCUGAAGAAGAACUUAUUGAGGGAAAUCCAGAGGAUGUUAGGCACUUGAACUACUACUUCCCAUCAGACAAAACAAUCAGGAACAAAAUGCGGUUUGUAACGACAAAAUAUAAGUUGAAAGAUGUGCAAGGCAUAAGUGCAAAGAGAAAAGCAAAGUCAGGAAAGUCUGCCCCAAAAAAAAGGAAAAAAGAGAAAGAGAGUGAACGACAACAGUACUACGAAUAUGAAGACUAUAAGAUACCUGUACAAUAAAUCUGUCAAUAUUUUUGAAAGGUAAGCCAUAUAAAUAAUUUUAUGAUUGAAAAUUAUUCAUAACUCCUGAAAUAAACAAACUAUUCUUGAAAUUAUGUUUGUGUGAAAAGCUAGCAGCAAGACAUUGCGUUUGUUUUAUGUAUGAUGUUCACAGUAGAAAGAUUACAUAUUUCUAUUUUGCUGUUUAUUGAUCAUUGUGCAAAAGUGGAAAUAGCUAUAAAUCUCAUAGCUGAUAUUACCAACCUGUUAUGUGUCGGUUUUAUUUAGGCAUUUCAUUGAAGUUUGAUUAUGCAUCUAGUCUCAUUCAUUACACAGAAGAGAUUCCUCUAAUGUCCCCUGAUUUUGCAAUCUUUUGUCCAAGAGACAAGAAAUUCAUCUGUAGCCUCAGGUACCCAUCAAUCACCUGCCUCAGCUUAGCAGAUUUUCUCAAACCAUUUCUUUUUACUGUUUUCAUUGUUAAUUCUGUUAUUCCUCUAUUCCCAUUCUUACAAUCACUUUUAUCUUUUUCACUUUAAGUGAGUGAUCAAAUAGGCGCUCUUACUCAUUAGCAGGUUAUCUGUUGCUGGUCUUUGAUUUCUUGAUCUCCACCUUCACAGUUAAGAGUAACUAUUUGUUAAUAACUGUGCUUUUUUUUUUUAUGACCAACUAGCCAACAAGUUAUUAACUAGUUAAUGCUUUACAAUUGGUUCAUAUUAGCUAACAGCAAAGAGUAGUAGGUAAGUCACUGUCCUUCUUCACAUUGUAUUUUGAUUAUUGUUGGGUAACUGCUUCCUCAUUUUAUAUUUUACAUUAUUUUUAUGGUCCUCUGAAGGUAGGCUAAUUAUAUAUCCUCAAUUUUUUAUUUAUACUUUUUAUUUGUUUCAGUAUCAAAAUUUCACUUUCCGGAAUUUUUUGCUAAUUUUUUAAUGAUAUUAUUCCAGCACCUUUACACUUAUCCACGAUAAAUCCAUUAUAAACCUAUUAAUGAUGUUCUGAUAUAUGGUAUUACGCUACCAUGUUGUAUAUUGUGUAUGAUAGCUGUUUCUACUUUGUGAUUUAGUUAUUACUUUGUGAUGUGCAGUCUAUACAUUAUUUUUUCUAUUCACUGACCUUUAAUUUUGUAAUAUGCCUUUGCCAAUCUGUACAUUGCUUUUAGGUUACCUGUCUUGCUGUCAUGUCAGCCAUAGAAAAGUACCUGUACCUCAUGUGUAACAGUUGUAUCAGUCAAGUGUCCUCAUUACUUCACCUAUGAGACAGGCUGUGAUUGAUUGCCUGACCAGUCAUCAUGCCUUUUCAAGAGGCUGACUUAUAAGAUGUGACAGGAUAAAAGUGCUACUGCAGAUGGGUCCACUUGGUCUGCGUCUGUCAUCAGUUUCAUUCUUUAGUUACUCUUUAGCAUCAGUAAAGAAGUACAUGUAGGAGGAUUUUGCAGUCAAUUGUCCAGUUACAACCUGGUCCAGUGUAGCCCAGCUGAGACAAGCCAGUCUUCCUUGGCAUGCCUGCCCAUUCAUCACCUGAAGUUCCUGUUGCCGAGGAUGGCUCCUGUCUUUCGUGCCUGAAGGAGCAACUGUUUUGUUCAUUGAAGGACCAGAUAUAGCAACAUUUGAGGCAAUUUAAGUGAUACAACUGUCAUCACUUCACUGCGGUUGAGGCUUGAAGAUUUCCUAAUCCUGGGACCCACUUAUUGAUGUUCACUUCUUUAGAUGGCCCAACCUCUUUCUGGAUCCUGGCAGGAGUCUACAGCAAACCACCUUGUAAUACUUUAAAGUAGGAACAUGCCUCGCCAGAGACUUUUAGAAGUUAUCUUUUCCUAAAAGAAAAGUGCCAGCAUCAUUCAGGACUGACUGCCAGAUUGGUGACUAUUCCAUUUACAUCAAGAAUUCACCUGUCUACAUCCAUGACCAUGCCUGUGGUUAGGAUAGUUACUGGAGUAGGAACUGAGACUGUGACUGCUCGUCUACUUACAAGAAUGACGGCAGCAUUUACUGUCCAUUGUUGUUAACCAGUUAUGUGACCUUGCACCUACUAAGCUACCUAGCAAUAGAAACACCAGGAAUGCAAACACAGCAGCCACAGUUUAAGGGAGUGCCAGCCAGAAGACUGUUGUAAGAAGACAGUACUGAAUAUGGUGAUUUUGUUACCUGCCAAAUUGAACUUGAUGUAACAUACAGAAGAGGAUACAGCAGAGGCAGCCAUUGUUAUGGGAAGAUGAAGUCUCCUCUUUAGAGGUGCUAGAUGGGCCUGCAAAGCUGCAGAAACCAAAGUAUGUGUCAACAGAUAAUGUGAUCAGCUUCACAGAUGUAAAACUAAGUAUGGAGGGCCUAGAUAUCAGCAAAGGAUACAAUAGGUCUAUAGCCAUUCCACACAUUUUCAAACUACCUACGUGAUCACUGCCUGUUUAAGUUCUGUCAUCUUUGGGAUUGCUAUUUGUGGACACACUACCCUUAUAUGAGAAAGAUGCAGUAUCUGUAUAGGUAUCAGAAUCCUUCGCUCCAUCUUGUCAUCAGAGAUCUACAUGACAAGGCAGUUUCUUUGAGAGUUCCCAACAGUGGAAAAAUGGGCAAAAAUUGGUUAGAAGCCAUUAGUUCACUGCAUCCUGAGGGAGCCAAGUCAUUGGACAAUAUCAUCAGGGCCAAGAUGAUGGUAGAGUUUAUUGGCUGAUUCUACAUUCUUCACAUUAGAUGGGUGGUGUAUUGUAUGUCCCUUUUCUUCUUCAAGUCUUAAGACCCGCUGGGCCCAUCCCACUUCUGAUCUUGUAGGGUCUGUUAUAAAAGCUCUUGAAAAACUUAUCUCAAAAUUGACCAGGGCAGCCAUUCUUAAUGCGUACAGCACCUUGUCUUUCUCCAGGCAGCAUUUGACACUGAGUAACAUAGGUUAACAGCUGGGACUUUCUCUUUACCAAAGGAAUAAGUAGCAAAGACUCCCUAAAUGCCCCUCUGGCAUUCUUUCCUUCCACCCUUAAUAUAAGAUAACUCCACAGAGGAGACAUAAGUGAAGACAUUACAGUGCUCCCUCAUUGGCUCUUGACAGUUUUCAAGUGGGGGUUAGGUGAAGAGUCACUUGUCUUCCAAAAAUCGUGGAGAUUGUGGCAACAGUUAGGGACAGUUGUGGCUGAUGGAAUUUUCCAGGGAUCACUACCAACUUCCCUUUUUGGAGACAAUCCCCCUCUCUCAUUGCACCCAGUAAAGUUCUUGUAUGUUUGCAAAUCCAUUGGCAUUAGAAUGAAACAGUGGCUUCAGCUCAUCAUUCCAUCAGGUAGAAAGGCUUCCUGGCUUCCAUGGACGUCAAGAAUCCAUCCAUAUCCAAGUGCGUCUGACUUGGAGGAAAUACCUGCACUUCAUCUGGACCUUAACAUCAGUGGUAACUUGGUCACACAGGAAUGUUAUCAGGUUUCAGAGAUAAUCCCUGACCCUUUUGGUGCAAGUUUUAAGGAAUUGCACAUCAGUUGGGAGAAGUUUGGCCUAUUACCAUCUGUUAGAGCUAUGAACUUGCUGCUGGACACUGAUACAAUAGCAGCUUUGGUACGCCCAAGGAAUAACAGGAUCAGGAUGUUGUCAUUCUUGAUGCAAAAGUACCAUUACACCUCAGAUUCUCUGGCAAAGUUAAUGGAAAGGAUGGCUCUUACCUUUUGUUACAAAAUACAGUUAAUAACAGUUGAAAUUAGCAAUGUUGUUGUUUUGUCUCUGCUUCAAGUGACAUCUUGAAGUAUCUUCAGUGGUGUUAUCUUUGGGUAGCAGUUUCAAAGGGCCUUCUUUUCCCAGAACUAGAGAUUUUGGAGUUAACAGAUGCAUCAGUUGAAGGAUGGGAACACACCUACUCAAACUGGAGGCAAAACAUAAACUUUUAAGAGCUCAUCUUAUGGAAGGGAAGGUCGUAGGUGUGAUUAUUGACAAAUUGAUGGUGGUGACCUACUGGAAAAGUCAGGGCUGCACAAAAUCUGUGAUAUAGUGUCAGUUAGCAGUGGACAUCUACCUGUAAUAAUACAAGAGUAUUCUUAAGAAUACAGUCCAGUGAUUCAGUGAUUAGUUGUAAGAAUACUAGUUUAUAUUUUGUUUGUAAUGUCAAGAGUGGAACUUGAUAUCUAGAUUUAUAAGCCAUUAAAGCUAACUUGAAACCAUAGUGCAAAGUAUUUGAAAACUAUGGAAAGAUUCAUAGUUUCUUCUGUGGUUUAUUUGUCCUGAAAGGAAACUUCGUUGUCUCUUGUUGGAGUUACUUUCAUCUGGUAGGAACAGGAAAACAGACUUGUGUAGCUACAAAGAAAAUCCUGGUGCUCCUAAUCACUAAGGUAUUUUAAAUUACAUUCAGUUGCACUAUUACUGCCUAAGGGUGUAUGUUUAUACCCACACUACUGAACAAUAGUAUUUGCCCUCCUCUCUGCUUGAUAUCAGUAUCAUGGAAUGACUUGAGAACCCAUAGUGACAGACUGUGCUUGUAGUUCCUUCAAGGGUUAGGACUACUAGAAUUAUUAAGAAAAAUUUUUCUUUAUCUCUCCGUAUUGGUCAGUAUAAAACCUCAAUUGGAAUAUUUUUCAAAUAUUUAAGGACUAUAAAACUGUACUGUACAUUAAAACUGAUACUGACUCUCAUUUAAGGUACUACAGAGUUGUAAUUCUGUGAAGUUCUGUCAUUCUCAGGCAUUGGGAAAAUGUUUCCAUCGUACAGUAUUUGAAUUUUUUUCAUACCUUCUGACUGCUUUGCAGGUAUUAAGGUAAUUGUGCUUAUUAACUUUUGUAAAGUUAUGGUAUAGCCAGAAAAUUCUCAAAAGAUAUGGUAUCUACAGACAUUGUUAUUGAAGCUUUUACAUUUUAUUGUCAUGUAUAAUUCAUUUCCUAUGUUAUGAAUAAAUUGAAAAUUUAACAAAGAUAGAAAGACAUAUGCAUAAAGUAGCCAGGAAAAGAGAAACAAUUGUUAUUAAACAACAGUAGCAAAAUAGUCUUGAAAGAGGACUUACUUAAUAAAUGUAUAAACUCAAGAAGGCACUAACAGCCAAACAUGAACUUACACCCAUGUAAGGCAGUGCAUAACACUGUUAGCUUUUUGGGUGUUAUUGUAAAUCAACUGCAUAUCCAGUAUAUGUGUAUAUAUAUAAAUAGGUAUAGAUAUAUUCUUUUUUCCUUAAUUCUGGUGCUAGUCCAUAUCGUAUCUUUGCUCCCAGUAUUCUGUGCCAUGGGAGAAGCAAGACAAAUUAUGAAGUUGUCAUGUCGGAAAAGCUUCCCCAAGGAAACCUGUAUUGUGAAUAAUUGUUAAUAAACUUAGUUUGCAGUAUGUAAAUAUUUAUGAUAAUGUACAAGUACCUGUAUUCUGUAAUGAUUCCUUUUUGGGUAAUAUGUAUUGUGCCCACAAGUAUCUCAGGCCCCAGUAUUAAGUUUUAAAUAAUUUGGUGAUCCCAUAACUGCAUGCAAAAAUUUUUUUCAUUGUUCCUUCCCAUGUAAUAAUCCUUUUCAUUUCAUAGCAAGAAGUUACAGUAUAUGCCUGAUUUUUGCAUAUGCAGUAAUGUUCAUUAUGACCUUGUGCUGGCUCAUGUGUAUAUGAAAGGCAUUUCAAGACACAGGGAAGGCAAGUCCAGUGCCUUACUAGUAAGUUUUCCUUUGUCAUGAAGGAAAACCUCCCUUUCAUAUCUUUCCACCAUGAUUUUAGAAAUGGGAUUAAAGCCUUACUUGCUAAUGCAUUUUUAUCCUAAUUGUAUGUACCGGAAAUACUGAGGGAUAUUUAUUGACGUGAUGUCAAUGUUUCCAUGCCAAAUUAAAUUAUGUAUGAUGUUAGUAUUUUUGUAGCAAAAUAAAAUGAAAUGUCAUUUUAACAA